GAAUACCACCAUCACCCACACACCCGCUUCCUGCUGCUGUAGCUGCCUGAGCCGCCGGAUCACAUGACACUGGAGGCAUUGUAGAAAUCAACUUGUCUCGCUCUCUUCAUGAUAUCAAGUCAUUAAGCGUCCACCUAGUCAGUGGUUCUGGCAUCAAGGCUCUACAGGUAAUCAAGUGAUCUGUCAGCACGGGUACAUUGACAGAGGUUGUGGAUUCACAUGCCAAGAUGGAUGGGCGAUAAAUAAGACAUCCACUUCAGAGGUAAGGUACAGGUUGAUUUCGUAAUGACAAGCUGCUGUGCAGAAGAUGUCCACGCUGUCUGUGACUGAUAUCCCAGAUGUUGGUCAUGAUGAGACUAAGGUGUUUGAAGGGACCUCUGAGCUGCAGCUGGACUGCAUGGUUGAGAAGAGCAGUGGGAGCUCCACAGUGAAGCCUGAUGGUGUGCUGUCGCUGGCUGACCUCCCCCACCCCAAUGACUUCCACGUCCCUCCUCACAACGGGCCUCCACUGACCGAAAUGAGCAGCCCUCUGCCGGUAGAGCCGAGUGACAUCAAGCUGGAUCCUGCUGCAGGUGACACAUCCGCCAGCAUAGAUGGUCAGCCAGUAAAGCGAAAGAAGGGUCCUGCACCCAAGAUGCUGGGCAAUGAGGUGUGCAGUGUAUGUGGUGACAAGGCCUCUGGUUUUCAUUACAACGUGUUGAGCUGUGAAGGCUGCAAGGGCUUCUUUCGACGCAGCGUCAUCAAAAGUGCUCAGUACUCCUGCAAGAACAAUGGGCGCUGUGAAAUGGACAUGUAUAUGCGUCGCAAGUGCCAGCAGUGCCGCCUACGCAAGUGUCGCGAGGCGGGCAUGUUGGAGCAGUGUGUCCUCUCUGAGGAACAAAUCAGAGUAAAGAAGAUGAAGAAGCAGCAUGAGGAGGAGACAGCACGCACGUCCACAGUCGUCACCCCCACACCUCAACAGAAUAUGGCCUCACUCGAUCCUCAGCAACAGGAGAUGAUAGAGAAGCUUGUGGCCAUGCAGAAGCAAUGCAACAAGAGGUCUUUCCUUGACCGACCAAAAGUUACUCCUUGGCCACAAAGUCAGGACUUGCAGAACCGAGAAGUGCGUCAACAGCGAUUCGCUCACUUCACUGAGUUAGCAAUCAUGUCAGUCCAGGAGAUUGUGGAUUUUGCUAAGCAGCUUCCCGGUUUCCUGGAGCUCACAAGGGAGGAUCAGAUUGCUCUACUCAAGACGUCGACUAUUGAGAUCAUGCUGCUUGAGACAUCUCGGCGGUACAACUCUACGAUUGAGAGCAUAACAUUCCUGAAGGAUUUCAGCUACAAUAAGGAGGAUUUUGCCAAAGCAGGGCUUCAGUUUGAGUUCAUUAACCCCAUCUUUGAGUUUUCAAAAGGAAUGAAUGACCUACAGUUGGACGAGGCCGAAUAUGCUCUGCUUAUUGCUAUCAACAUCUUCUCUGCAGAUCGGCCAAAUGUGCAGGAUCAUGAUCUGGUGGAGAGGCUGCAGCAACCGUAUGUGGACGCACUGCGCUCUUACAUCAUGAUAAAGAGACCGCAUGAUCAUUUGAUGUUCCCACGUAUGCUGAUGAAACUAGUGAGUCUCCGUACACUAAGUAGCGUCCACUCGGAGCAGGUUUUUGCCCUUCGCCUCCAGGACAAGAAGCUUCCCCCACUGCUCUCUGAAAUCUGGGACGUCAAUGAGUGACCGCAAACCUGAUGUCGCACUCCUUGUUGUUGUUUUUUUUCCCCCCCCUCCAUUUCUUCUUUUUUUUUAUCUGACACAGACAUGGUAUCCAGCGGGCAGACUUCUGCCCAUCUGGUCAAACAGAGACUGGUUUAAGCCUUGAGAUUCUAUUUUCUUGUGGGAGGAAAGCAUCAUUGCCCUCUGCUUUCAGACAGACUGCUAACUUAAGACUUCAUCAGGAAAAACGUGAACACUGAGAAGGGACUUUGGUUAUUCUUCCUUUGGAGUAGAUGCUGAUAUGAUUGGGGCAAUAUUAAAUACCAGCAUCAGGCUCUUGAAGUUGUUUAUCUCUGAUUUUAAUAUUUGUUGAAAGUAAUGUCAAUCUGUAGUGCAGUUCUGUACUUAUCCUAUAAAAAUGAUGAGAACGUUGAGAAGAUGUUUGCAGCUCUGGCUGUGUCACAGAUGCACAUUCAGUUAAAAUGGGGAUUUGCAGUUGUGCAAUUGGUGGAAAUGAAACCAGAGUUGGGCAUGAGCAGAGUCAUAUCUGCUAGUCACUUUAUUAAUUUUUGUGUGAAAUGGUAGGUCAUCUGGAUUGUAUUGUGCUUUGUGAUAUGGCAACAAAUAGCUAUUUUUUAAGAAUGUUCCGAAAUCAAACCAUUUGUGUAGUUGCUCAGGAAAAGUAAUGUGAAGUAGACUGAAUAAGGGGGUUAUUUAAUUAAGACAUCUUAAGUUUUCUUCCACAUGCAUAAGGGACCCUUUUGGUAAUUUAUAGAUGUCCAUAAACUUUCAUGUAAAAUUGUAUAUUUAUUUUCACAAGAAAGAAAUGAGUAGAUUGCACACAUGGGAUGUAUCCAUGAGAUUGUACAAUCACAUAACGCACAAGAGAAAGUAAAAUUGCAGGUGAUUGGCAGCGUGUGCCCUCAUUUACAAGAAAUGUUGUGACACAUUUUUUUAUCACAAAGCACUGGUACCUUGAAAUAGUUGGUCCCAAGUGUCUUCAAAUUUUAUGUAAGGAUGAACUGCUGUUUAUAAAAGGUAAAGUCAGUCAACCAUCUCUGUGACCCCUGGUUUUCCUGAUGAAUAAAAAUCCAUACUCACAAAGUUCUUCAUGAAUCAAACCAGUGAGAUGCGAUUUUAUUCAUUUCAUGACGGUAUAGCAGUUUAAAGGUGAUCACGUGGUGUGUAAGAAACUGUUCCAACAGGAUACAGAGAAUUUCAGUCUUAUUUUUGAUCAUUCAUUAGUGAUACACAAAAAUUAUGAUUGAAAAUACAUUAGAAAACUACUAUUGUCUGAGUACUUUCUACAAUCCGCUUUAAUUGUUUUGAUUUCGGAAUACUUGCUAAAGUCAAACUUAAAAUCUCCAUUAUGGAGCAGAGUACAACCAUUUUAAUUAAUAUAAACAAUAACGAACGUAACAACCGAGAUCUAGAUGUUCAUAUUCAUUCUGCCAUUCUCAUACAUUUCCCUUGCAGUGUGUGUUGCAACUUACUGCGUAAUGCAAAAUUUAGUCUCGAUUCAUACGCCUGUGUCAGGAACGCUGACAAGUGGACACUAAUGCUAUUGCAGCCUGUUUUUGAAACAACAUCAAGGAAACGUACAGCAAUUUUAUUAUUUAAUCUUGUCCAAAAGACUUUGGUGAUUCAACGGUCAAAUCACAUUUUUCCAUGUUUUUGAAACCCAGUCUUAACAGAUCAAGGGAAUGCUACAGGACUUACUAACACAACUCUAAUAAUGGUAGAGGUUAGCUCUACAGCCAUAAUUGAUUUUCAUGUUUCCUUUGAUUUAGUGAAAUAAUGGCAAGUUAACCAGCAGGCCAUAAUAUACUGAUUCUGUCAGGUGCAUCGUCUUUGACCUUGCCAGCUUGGUGAUCACUGGCAGACUGACACUUUUAAUACCAUAAAAUUCUAUGGGAAGACUAAAUGAAUAUAAAUGCUUGUACUUACAGUCGUCCAACUGGUGAGAUUUCCUCCCUUUUCCCCAACUGGUGCUUUUAAAGACGAGACCAAAUGCUGCAGUUUCAUUUCCAUCUGUUGCACAGCCAAUUGAAAAGAAGCUUCAAGUAAAUGAAUUAGACACUUAAGCAGAAAUUAUUAAUUUCAUGACACUGAAAUCAGCUUCAAACAUACAAGUGAUUAGUAUGAUAGAUUUCAUGCAACAUGAAUGUUCUUGUGCUGCAUGUUGAUCAAAAAAGCAGAAAUGUUAGUGGUUGGCUCUUAAAUCUUUGUUUCUUGGUAUUCAUGUUAAGGUAAUGCUGUAGGUAUCAGUUAAUUGUAUACUGUAUAUACUGACAUCUGAUCUCUUUUAAUUACUAUCCUCAAAAGGGUGACACUGUAAAAAAUAAUGAUGAUAUAGAAAUACAAACCUAUUUUAAUACAUGUAAUUCCUGAAGACUUUCUGUUUUGUAUGCUCAGUAUAAAUUAAAGCAAUGCUGUAGUGCUAA